AUGAAAAGAAACGAUAAGAUCGAAAAUAAGUGUAUCGAAAGCUGUGAAGACAGCGGUCCUUGCGUCAAUCACUGCAUAGACACUUACAUACAAGAAACUGAGAAAUGCCCAUGCUACGACAUUAUCACCUCUUUCCCACUAGAUCGAGAAAAUGAAUCGAUUCAAAAAAUCAUAAAUGAAAUUGAAGGCGUCACAGAGGAGAUCGAGGCUAAACAGACAAAAAAUGAGGAGGCAAAAUUGCUAAUAAUGCAAAACGAGGAAAAAUUGAAAGCGGCUGCAAAAAGAUACAAUGAGCUGGACGCAAUCAGAAAUCAACAAAGAGAAUGUGAGAGCAACAAUCGGGAAGUGAACUAUUGGUCAAAAGAGAAUCAAGAGCUCAACAAGAGAAUCAACGAAUCCGAAACAAGUAACGAAAUUCUGCAGGAGCUUUUUCGUCCCUGUAAAACGUUUUGGUUCAAUUACGACAGAGAAGUUGCCGAAGAUAAAUGGAAGAUAACGUUUAAACACACGAGAGAUCACCCAAAUGAUUUGGAUAUCAAUGAAUCAUACUUUUGCCUGGCAAACGAAGACAAACAAGUUCCAUUCGAGGCGUUGAUUGAGCACAUUUUCUUGAGCGAGGGCGAAGUUCUUUCGCGGCUAGAUUUAUUCAGCUCCGUUGAAAAUGAAGAGCACUGCGUUAACUUCAAAGACGCGAGGGUCUUAGUAGAAGCAGAGAAAAUACAUGUUUGCUCGAAUGAUUUUAAUUGCGAAGAGUUCUGCGCGGAAGGCACUCGUUUGAGAAGAAAAUCAGAAAAAUGCAGCGAAAAUUUUAGGAGAGUAAAAAAUGAGUGUCUUCAAAAAUGUGACAAUGAAGAUUGCAAAGAGUCCUGCAGAAAGGCUUACGAAAAUGAAAUUUCAAAUUGUCCUUGCUACGGAGUUAUCGAAAAUCGACCACAAAAUUGGAAGAAAGAUUUGGAAAAUGAACGCACGGCGCUUAUCGAAAAAAGAAAUAAUCUGACAGAAGAAUUCUACUACCGAUCAAACGCCUUGCGAGAGCUAGAAUAUCAACUUGAAGCGACAGAAGGAGCAAUCAAUAAUAUGCUUCGAGAAAGCGAAAAAUGCGAGUGGCUUGGAAAAGUCUCAAAUUUUUGA